AAACGGUGGUGGGCUCGACUUACUGAUAGUUUAGGAGUUAUUUUGAGAAGCAUCCUCAAACAUCCAUCAAUAUCACCUGCCCUCUUAGAACUAAUCAUAAAUAUACCUGGGAUGCGAGAGGGAUUUGAGAUUGGUACUUGGCAUAAGAUUAUCGGUGGCAAAUGUGAUGAGGAAGUUGUACGUUACAUGGAGUUCACUUUAGAAUCGUGGGUCAAGCUUAUGGGCUCUAAAGAAGCUUUACUCUAUGUCGACACUGAGGAUGUCAAAGAGUUUCAGCUCUGGGUUCCGGGGGUCUCGCAAGUUGAUUAUUGUUACCUCGCCGAUCUGGUUGAAGGUGGCAUAACGUUCAGAAGACUCACCGAUACAGCAGAGAGAUCGCAAAUUCUCCAUCGAAUGAAGAACAUUAACUAUCUCCUACCUUCUAUUUACACACUGCAGAAAGAUUUUAAAUAUCUGCGAUUAUGUACUGAUACCAUGAAACGGCUUCUGCAUGGUAAAAGAAAGAUACCUCUUACGGUACAGGUCCUGGCAUAUGAUGCAUUCUCGCAGAAAGAUCCCAUUGAACUCGAAAAUCUGUUCUUCGAACGGUUGAAGCGCUUAUACUUAUACAUUAUGCAAGACUUGGUAGAGCUAACGGGCGAGUGGCCUCUUCUGGAAGACGGCGAAGAGCCGCCUGAGGCAUCCUUUCGCAAUCCUAUGAAUUGGCACCGGUUGGCACAAAAGGCGCGCCGCCUUGGUUUUGAAUCAGACGAGAUAAGGCACCUAGCUGUGACAAAUCCAGACGAGCAGGUUGCACUCAAAGCCCUACAGGAUGCAAGACCAUCAUCAUGGUAUGAAUAUGAUGAGUCUGAAGUACAAAACAUCUUGAGCCGCAUAGUCCAUGAGUUUACCAGGGCUCGGGCUCGCGUUUCCGAUGAAUCUGAAUCAACCUUUACGACUAUUGGGGCUGGUGAACUUAUCACCCGUCGUUGUGGACGUCAAUACUCUGGUGCUUACAUGCGUGACCGAUGGUCAUUCAAUCUUGCCGGAUUCUCACGCCGUACUCCAGAAUCGCGGGACAUAACAUCUCUAUUCGUCCGUAAAUCCGUCUUC